CGCGACCAACUUUGGAAGUAAUUUCUAGGAGCUUAGGAGUCUAGUCCGGUACAUUUUGGACUGCAAAUCAUAUAUCAGUUCUGGUCUACCCAGCUGGUGCCUGACGUUAGCAGUAGCUAAGGCCUCGAGUAUCCCUGUCUGCAAUCAGCCGCUUUGCCGCGCAGUCCCAGGCACCGGCUCCAGUCGACGGCCUGACACCCAUUAUGGCUUCCUCUCUCGCGGCAUCGUCUCUUUCGUCCCGCAUUUCCACCGGCCUAGCAUCGACGCUCCCUAGACACCCCAGCACCAGCCGCAGCAAGUCGCGGCUCGUCGUGCGAGCGUCCAGCGACGACGAGGAAUUCGAAGCCCGUUUGGAGCGGUUGAGGCGGAAAAACGCGAGCGGAACGGGGAAGAAGGCGGAAGAGCGGAAAGCCAAGGGCAGCGGAGAUGCUGCUGCUCCUCCCCCUCCCUCUACGUCAGCCGCCUCCUCCACGUCAGCUGCGUCGACGUCAGCAGCGUCAGCAGCAACUAAAGCUGCAGAGCUAUUGCCUCCGCUUCCGUUGAAGGACCCCGUAUCUGGCGGAUUACCAGUGACGCUCGGAUUUUCGUCGUACACGGAGCGAUUGAACGGACGGCUCGCAGCCAUUGGAUUGGCUGCUCUUGUCGCGGUGGAGCUCGCAUCUGGAUCGUCCAUUCUGCAGUACCACGACGGGGCGACGGUUGCCGUGCAGGUGUAUUUUCUCCUAGGGCUCGGCGCGCUUUAUGUCAAGUACGAGAAGGACAAGUCGAGCGUUCUGCCGAAAUAGGUCUGAAUAACCAGUUUUGACAUCGAUUGUCGCCGUUUUUCCAAGAACAAUGCGUUAUUCAUUUCGUUUAAGUAAAUCACGAAACGGUUUUCCCCUACCCGUUUUUUUCUGCACGUCCCCUUACUCUCCCUCAAUCCCACUCGUCAGACAAGGUUGCAGUAAUCUGUCACCUCCACUCCACUCCCCUCAGCACUCCUUUCUGGUCUGAUUCCCCCCUGUCACCAUGCCACUCUCAAUUCUCCUCUCCAUCGUCAGUCAUGUUGCACCAUAGCCAGCAGGAACCUUGCCCUCCUUUACUCUGAAGCAUAGAACAUCCCUGCAGAAUGCGCAUUGCACCAACUGCAAGCAGUGGAACAUGUGCUACCAACUCUUAUACCCAUGUUCAAGCACCCCCCCGUGCCCCUAUACUCUCAUCUCCCUAGUCCUCACUUUGCCAAGUGGGCAAUGAGUCAGGAAAGUUUUUCUUCCCACUGACCAGGUCUGGAAAUUUGAGUUGUGGAUUCCCUCCUGAUAGGCUUCUCGCCGAUCAUAGAACACUUGGCCCGCUGCCCUCUGCAUGAGGGACUUUUGGAGUUGGCUGUGCCAUACGCUUAGGCUUCAAUCCAUGGGGUUGAUAGAAU